CUUCAAUUCAGGAAAGGAAGAAAGAAAGAGGAAAGAAUGUCUGUUGUCCCAAAAAAGGAGUACACACUCCUAUGGUGGACUAAAUGGUUCGAUCAAGACCGAUACGAGGAUGUUAUCGUUGACAACUGUGGACUCCCGUACACGUGUAGGAACACCUUAGAUCGUUCCAAAUACAAGGAUGCCAGGCUCAUCCUCUUCCACGACUGGCAUCCCAAUGAUCUUCCUCCAAGAAAAGAUGUAGAUAACAAUAGCAAAGCAUGGGUACGCAACUCUGCCGAGAAACCCGAGACAUAUGCCUACCAACAGUACUACAUUUCAUUAUUCAGUUACAAGUUCACGUAUCACUUCUCCUCAGACUUUGUCAUGACUUACUUCACAGCCGGAACUACUAAACCCAAUUCCUUCAUCAACCUCGUCUCCCGUCCACCCUUGAGAACAAUCGAACAAAAAAAUCGAUAUCGUCAAUCUGGGUUUCAUCCAGCAGAUCGUCGUCCUCUAGCUCCUGUCGCUUGGAUCGUCAGCAAUUGUAAAGCCUCUAAUGGUCGUCAUCUCAUGGUCAAACAACUUCUCAAAUACAUCGACAUCGAUAUCUACGGUCGUUGUAUCUCCAAUCGACCUUGGCCCAAGAAAAUGCUCGACAAUAAUUCACAGAUCGAUAUGCCGGAUGAAGAAUUAGUAGGGCAUUACAAAUUCUAUCUAGCGAUCGAGAACAGCAACUGCGAGGAUUAUGUGACCGAAAAACUGGAGCGGACUUUUGGUGCUGGAGCUGUCCCUGUGGUAGACGGACCGGAUGAUUACUCAAGAUUCAUGCCCUCUCCAAGAUCAUUGAUCCGCUAUGAUGAUCAUGGAUCCCCAAGGAAGUUGGCUCAGUUCUUGAAAUAUCUGGACCAGAACGAUACUGCCUAUCAAGAGUAUUUGACCUAUAGAACCCCUCGAUCACCAAACAACACAGACGCACAGGGGAAUGUCUUGAUCCAAUCUCCUGAAACCUUUAACCAAGAUUACAGAGAACGUCUGUCCCCUUGGUUUGUCGACAACUGGGAUCUGGAUAGAACAGGACUUUUCAACAAGACGACAGAGUGGCUCAGUACAGAUGGACCUACGAGGACCACCCGGGCAAAAUAUGGCAUGCAAUGGGGCCCAGAUCUGGACGGUGGCAUGUGUGCAGCCUGCAGAGUUGCUCAUGAGCUAACAGAAGGGUCCCGGACUCUCAGCCCAAGCAAUCGACUCACCAUCGAUCAAACCUGCAAGUUCCGCAAAUUUUACUAUACAAGCUGGAUCAUCUCUUUUUAUCCUUACUUGACCUUGUUGAUACUGUGUUCAGUCCUUGCAUUAUUAUUCCUGCUGUUGACAAAGACUGGACGAGCGAUAAUCUUCUAUUUAAUCAGGAAAAUUUGGACGUUGUUGAUAAUGGUCAGAGAACGUCUUACAAAGACGAAACGAUCAGAGUAUCACGAAUUUUCUAUGGAAGACCGAAGAUAGAAAAC